GAAGUGUGUGUCACGAUAAGGUUAAAGUUCGAGAACACGACAGGGCUGCGAUUAUUGAUGUUUUUGGUGUUGCGGCUAGUUGUGUUUGUUUAACGCUUAAAAUGUUGCUCUAGUUAAGAUCUUACAUAUUACAGCAAAGAAAUAGGCGGUAUUGGAGCUUUAGAUUCGUAUAGCUGGUUAACCAGCUGUGGGGUUUUGAGCCACCUCGUAGCAAGGUAGCUAACUUAGCUACCCUGCUAGCUAGCUACGUUGUUCAUAUCAACGCUAGCUAGCUAAAAGUAAACAAACUGUGUAACUAACUCGCUGCGUUCUCUGUGUAGCUGAGUAUUUCGUUACGUGCUUGGUUUUUGUGGCAGUGUAAAUCACAGCAAAACAAAAAUGGGUUCUUCAAAGAAACACAAAGAAAAGGGUCGGGAAAGGGACGCAGAAGAACGGCAUCGGGAGCACAAGAAGCACCGUCAUAAGGACCGAGAGAGGGAAAAGGAACGCGACGGGAACCGUGAGAGAGAGAAGAGGAAACGUUCCCGAUCAAAGGAGAGAGGGAGCCGUGGGACCGAGAAGGAAAGCCGCUCUAAAGGCGAUAAGAGCAAUGGCGAGCCUCGUGUCAAGAAGGAGAAAGUGGAUACCACAUAUGAUGACAGUAACGCCUGUGGUUCAAGGUCUGGUGGUGGCGAUGCAUCGCUCAGCAUCGAAGAAACGAAUAAACUCAGAGCCAAGCUUGGCCUGAAGCCCCUGGAGUUGAAUGAAAACAAAAAAGAGCUCGGAACGAAAGAGGAGCCCUUAGUGGCAGAGACCAUCAACCCUAUUCAUAUCAAGCAGCAGAAGGAGAUCCGGGAGAAGCUGGCAGCCCUCAAGGAAAAACGCCUGCUUAACCAGAAACUGGGUAAGGUGAAGACCCUGGCGGAGGAUGACCCCUGGCUGGAUGACACUGCGGCAUGGGUCGAGCGCAGUCGCAAAAUGGCCAAGGAGAAGGAGCUGGCUGAGAAGAGGGCUAAGCUUCUGGAAGAAAUGGAUGAAGAGUUUGGUGUGAGCAACCUGGUGGAGCAGGAGUUUGGGCAUGGCAGAAAGGAAGUCUAUGGUUCUGGUGACCUGAAGGGGCUCAAGGUUCAGCACAAAAUGGAGUCCUUCAAAGAGGGAGAGACUAUCAUUCUCACACUGGAAGACAAGGGUGUGCUGGAGGAGAAGGAGGAUGUCCUGGUGAACGUGGGGCUGGUGGACCACGAGAAGGCGGAGAAGAAUGUGGAACUGAAGAAGAAGAAACCGGAAUACAAGCCCUAUGAGGAGGAAGAGAGUGUGGACGACAUGGUGACAUUCAAGCCCCGCACAGUGCUGUCCAAGUAUGACGAGGAGAUCGACGGGGAGAAGAAGAAGAGUUUCCGUCUCGCUGCGGGGGGUCGUGCCGAUGGCCACAGGGAGCGGGAGCUGCAGGCCAUCAGGGAGACCCUCCACAACCAGGCCCAGACCCUGGACCUGCCCGCACUCACCAUCGCCUCCGAGUACUACACCCCACAGGAGAUGGUCGGCUUCAAGAAGACAAAGCGGCGAGUGAAGAAGAUCAGAAAGAAGGAGAAGGUGGUGAAGCCGGUGGACGUGCUCCAGGACGACACGCGUAGCACGGACUUCGGCUCCAGGACCAGAGGUCGGGGGCGCCAUGCGGCUGAGGAAGAGGGGGCACAGCCGGAGGGCGAUGCGGGGGAGGAGGAGGAAGAGGAGGAGGGUGCCGGGGCGGUGGACGUCAUCCAGCGGUCAGAUGACAACAGACUGGAGGACAUGGACAUCAGUGACGAUGAGUUCUCCCCUCCAGAGCCCACCGCGCUGGAGGAGGACGAGGCCGAGCAGGAGCUCCAGAAACAGCUGGAGAAGCAGAGGAGGCUGAAACAGAAGCAAAUGCUCCGAGACUCUGGGGAGAAGGUAGCAGAGCAAGUUCAAGUGCUGGCUGCUCCUAGAGCAGGGCAGGAUGAUGACGAGGAGGACAGGAAGAACAACAUCGUUUUCAACGCCACCUCUGAGUUCUGUCGGACCUUGGGAGACAUCCCCACAUACGGUCUUUCAGGAAAUCGAGAGGACCAGGAAGACAUCAUGGACUUUGAGCAGGAGGAGGAGAGAGAUGGAGCUGGAGGCUCUGACUCGGAGCUGGAUGAGAACGUGGGCUGGAGCAUGGUGAACCUGGAUGAGGAGCAGAAACAGCCUGACUUCUCCACCGCCUCCACCACCAUUCUGGACGAAGAGCCCAUUGUUAACUCUGGACUGGCUGCAGCUCUUAUGCUCUGCAAGAACAAGGGGCUCUUGGACACUCAGGUGCAGAAAGUUGCAAGGGUUCGUGCCCCCAAGGGUGCCCUACCAAAUGACAAUUACUGCAUUGAAGACAAGAUGCUGAUAGAUGACAAGUACAGCAGGAGGGAGGAGUACAGAGGCUUCACCCAGGAGUUCAAGGAGAAAGAAAGCUAUAAGCCUGAUGUCAAAAUCGAAUAUGUGGAUGAAUCUGGCCGCAAGCUCACGCCAAAAGAGGCUUUCAGGCAGCUCUCCCACCGUUUCCACGGGAAGGGCUCUGGAAAGAUGAAGACUGAGAAGAGGAUGAAAAAGCUUGAGGAAGAGGCUCUGCUGAAGAAGAUGAGCAGCAGUGACACCCCCCUGGGCACCGUGGCUCUUCUGCAGGAGAAGCAGAAGUCACAGAAAACCCCAUAUAUCGUCCUCAGUGGGAGUGGGAAGAGCAUGAAUGCAAACACCAUCACUAAAUAAACAUUGGAAGGGAUGGGAAGUGGGACCAGAGAAGAUGUGUACCACAUGCACACAAUACAAUUUUAAUGUCUUUUUGGAAUUGAAUAAAAAUUAGUGACUACUCUAUGUGCAGAAGGGUAUUUCCUGUUGCUUUUGUGUUAUGUACACAGUGUAAACCAUUAUAAUCUAGAUAAAGAGCUCAGUAUGUUUA